AACAAACCAUCUUGUUUCCGUUAUUCGUCUCUGCUCGCUCUUGUGCCAUAAACAUCAAUGGAUUGAAAUUGUUGGGGGCAUGAAAUGGACUAGGGAGCAGCAAGCCGGAGCAGACUAGGCGACGACCGGGCGCCGCCCUUUGUCAGGUGUUCGUCGGGCCCUUCGCCGGCGACGGGCUUCCACAAGAUAGAAGAAUGCGCAGAUAGUCUAAGCAUCCGAUCCAGACAUCAAGGCAACAAUGCUGCACCACCAUAGUGCGCUUGUCUCUGCGCACCCAGCGAUUCGUUCACCCACUAGGCUUGCUUGUUCUUCCAUAUUAUGUAACAGAGAAAACAGCAGAGCCACCGUUUCACGGUCAACCAACCGUGCAAAGUUGCUCCUGCUGCGGGGGUGGCCUUCUACAAGGCGGCGGCGCACCAUCCCUCUCGCCAGUGGCCAGUCACUGCCAGGAUACAGCCCUGACGAUGCUGAUCAAAGCCUUCAACCAAGCGACAACAUCUCUUUCGCUGCUGCAAAGGAGGCUGUCAUAGGAAUAAACAGUGGGCUGAAUUCUGGGGGUGUCAGAAGUGAGCUAAUUCUUCUAGCUCUACCGGCAGUCUUUGGUCAAGCUAUUGAUCCAAUGGCGCAACUUAUGGAGACUGCAUACAUUGGUAGAUUAGGUGCAUUGGAAUUGGCUUCGGCUGGUAUUGGUGUAUCGAUUUUUAAUAUUGUGUCAAAGAUCUUCAACAUACCUUUGUUGAGCAUUGCAACUUCAUUUGUGGCAGAGGAUAUUUCUAAGAGUGCUAUCAAGCAUCCUAGUUCAGGAAAAUUGGAGCUCACAUCUGUAUCAUCUGCCUUGAUAUUGGCUGCUGGAAUUGGUAUAAUUGAAGCAUUAGCAUUGUUCCUAGGAUCAGGAUUGUUUCUUAAACUAAUGGGCGUGUCACCUGUCUCUCCAAUGUAUAAGCCUGCAAAACUCUUUCUUUCAUUGAGAGCUCUGGGAGCCCCUGCAAAUGUGCUUAUGUUGGCAGUCCAAGGUAUCUUUCGGGGAUUCAAGGAUACCAAGACCCCGGUGUUUUAUCUAGGAUUGGGCAAUCUCUCUGCUGUAGUCCUUCUUCCUCUACUUAUAUAUGGCUUUCAGCUUGGCAUAACUGGAGCUGCAAUUUCUACUGUUGCGUCCCAGUACAUUAUUACAGUUCUUCUUCUUCGGUCUCUUAGUAAAAGAGCAGUUCUACUUCCUCCGAGACUAGACCAGUUAGAGUUCGGUGGAUAUUUGAAAUCUGGUGGUAUGCUGUUGGGGAGAACUCUCUCAAUUCUAUUAACUAUGACCAUUGGUACAUCAAUGGCUGCUCGACAAGGCCCAACAGCUAUGGCUGCUCAUCAGAUUUGUUUGCAAGUAUGGCUUGCUGUGUCUUUGCUUGCUGAUGCUUUAGCUGUUUCUUCCCAGGCACUAAUAGCAAGCUCUUAUGCAAUAAUGGACUACAAAAGGGUUCAGAAGAUAGCAAUGUUUGCGUUGCAGGUAGGAGUAGUUAGUGGAUUAGCCUUGGCUGUUGGUUUGUAUGCCUCAUUUGGCAAUAUAGCUAGACUGUUUAGCAGUGACCAAGAGGUUCUAAUGGUUGUCAAAUCAUGUGCAUUGUUUGUCUGUGCCAGUCAACCAAUUAAUGCCCUGGCAUUCAUCUUUGAUGGUCUACACUACGGUGUAUCAGAUUUUGACUAUGUUGCUCAAGCAACUAUUGCAGUCGGGGUCAUGUCAUCACUGGUCCUGUUAUGGGCUCCAUCUGUAUUUGGCUUGUCUGGAGUAUGGAUUGGUUUGACAACACUCAUGGGGUUGCGCAUGGCUGCAGGCAUCUUGAGGUUGCUAUGGAAACGGGGGCCGUGGUCGUUUUUGCAUGAGGGAGCCAUAAAUUGAGUGUAAGGACUCACUCAGCCCGUACUCUGGUCUCCGGUACGCCCCCGGCUCAAACAAGAUCCACAUUCAUUGCAAUUUUUGCUGGGAGAACUCUCAGCUACUGGACCCUUGGAGCUGCCACAUGCUGCUGUCAUGUACAAGCACAAGGAGCGAUACGGAGUGUCUAUGCAGCCAAUUAUCUCACUUGGCACAGGUGCUUCAGCAGAGGUAGAUUUGGAUCCGGUUGGAGGCCAUCUGUAUAUUUUCUGUGGCGUGUUGUUUCCAGAUCAAUGUCAAUAGAGACUAGUUAGUAGUUUCAUAAUAUGAGAAGGUACCAUUGUUCAACACCGUUUUGUAACAUUUGCAACGAUUUCUAUUAAUAUAGUUGAAGCCGACGUCAAUCA